UGCCAGCGUUGAUUCUUGGACAGGUGGUGAGAUUGCUUCCUUGCCUUUGGAAGUUUUGGAGCACGCGGCCACUUUGUUCAACUUGAUUGAAAGCAUCGGAAAAGCGCUCAGCAUUUGGACCAUGGCCAGGCACGCGCACUUGCCCAAGGAGGCCGAGUGAUAGCGCUUCCUCUCUUGUAGGGGUGUUGUGGCCAUGGUGAUAGCCCUCACGGCAGGGAUAUCAAGCAGCGUUUCCUGGUACUAUUCUUGGGGCUUCAUCGACGACAGAACUUUUGCCUCGCCCAGUGCCUUGGAGGUUUGUGCUGUUCGUGAUCUGUGGGGCGAUUGGAGUCUUAAACUUUGUCUAAGCGAAAACACUGAAGGCUGCUUUCUUUCAUGCUAGGGUGGCUGGGCAGCGUGCACUUCAUUUCGUGAUCUUGGCGUGGAACCUGCUCUGAGCCCAAAGAUCUUGGCGUGGGCCUCAGGGUACUAGGCAAAGAAAUAAUAUUGUAUGCCUCUCAGCUGGGGUGAGCGGUGAGAAGCACAAUGUUGCCAAUGGGGCUGCGCUAGAAGCUGCACACUGCCUUUGGUCGUGCGCUCGGUGAGCACAGUGGACAUUGCCAUAGUCUUAAGAUGAACAUGUCCGUUCUGCAGUUCAACUUGCGGGCCGCUCGGCGUUUGGCAGGAGAGUGUACCCAAACUUUGAGACAAACUUAUGGCAUACUUCGGGUGGAGCCUUCACAGGCCUUGGGAGUGGGACCACCCUAACCUGGGCUGGGUGAAGUUGGAUCAUGUGCCAGCUGAUCAGGCCGGUUUUGAGAAGGUUCAGCACUUGCUUCUGCAAUGACCAGUUCGUGCAUACUGGGUUUGCCAGACCAUCGUCAAGGGCUUGAGCCAGUAUGGCUGGCGUGGACCUUCAGAUACGACUUGCGCACGUCUAUACGACUGCAUGCGCUUCAAAGCUGCGACGUGUUGCUUCCAGGUCUGCCUGGCCUCGGAAGCGGGCGGCGCUGAGUAAACAGAACUUCAGGUUCUCUCCAGGCCAUCUUUCAGUCCAGCAGCUGGACCGAUGCGCCCGAGUUUCGGAAAUGCCCUUUCUGCUCAGAGACACGUGGAUUUUUGCACUGCAUCGACUUGGACUGUCCGGCUCUGUCGAAACGAAGACGUGUGCCUGUUCCGCGAUGCCCUAUGCCUAUGCCCUAUGCAGUGUUUCUUGGGAUGGCCGCGCCAGUUGACAAGUGACGAUGACUGUGUUCUUGACUGGCUUGUGAAAGCAUGUCAGCUGAUGUCGCAGGAUUGUUAUGGCUGAAGUUUUUCAGUCAUGAUGAGUGGGGUUCUCACGAGCUUAGAUGUGUUGGGCGUGAUUGGUGGUUCCCAGCCUUAGGCUUCUUGCGCUGGCUUGUGCUCCUCUCGAAUCCUGAGAGAAGGACCCUUGGAACGAGCCUCCUCGUUCCCACAAGUGCCUUCUAUCAGUGCACAGGUUGGCCACUACAACCAUGCACUAGGGACUAGGGAUGAGCGGAUCCUGACCUGGCUGUCGUUACUUAUUUUUUCCCCUCUCUCUCUCUCUCUUUGUCGCAGCUCAGGAGAUCAUGUUUGCCAAUUGGGGUCCACCAUGUCGAGUGCUCAUGGAGAAUGUCUCGGAAUGGUUUUCCAUUUUCUUCCUCCUCUACAGGUGUGUCCUGGGUUUCGCCGUCCUCAAUGUGGUGAAUGCGGUCUUUGUGCAGCAAACCAUGCGCACGGCCAGCUCGGACGAGGAGUUGGCCUACAAACAGAGGCAGAAAGAGAUUGCCCUCUAUACAAAGAAGGUGAAGAGAUUGUUUCAGAAUAUGGACUCGACGGGCGACGGCGCCAUCAACCUGGAGGAGUUCUCCAAGUUGGUCCAGUCGCCGAAGCUGAAGUUUUGGAUGAGCCAGUUGGAGCUGGAGUACCACGAUCUUUUGAGCCUCUUCGAGUUUUUGGAUAAUGGAGAUGGUCACAUCACCCUUACCGAGUUCAUCGACGGGGCAGCAAGGCUACGAGGCGGCGCCAAGGCGAUCGAUGUGUGGCGUUUGGAAACCAAGUUGGAGGUGCUCUUCGAGGAGGUCUUCGACAAGGUCCUGGACCGGGUCACAGCCGCCGAGCAAGGGGAGCAAAGCAUCCCAACACUGGACAGGCAGCGAUGGAACCCGAUCUGGACGAAUGGAUGA